AUGGAGAUCACCAACUCCUCGGGUGGCUUCCGUUCCCAUCGCUCAUACCCAUCGCUCAACCACGUCUCCCUAGCACCAUUAACUCCACGAUUCCCCAUUGACGACGACACAGACGAGAUAGACUAUUUCAACCACCGCGACAAUGAGCCUUCAGCCAGCGGCACCCGUACACCCCCAACAUCAUCCUAUCUAUCUAGCGUCUCAGUCCCCAGCACGCCACCAAUCCUAUCACACUCCCGCAGCAACUCACGAAGCCGCCACGCGCGCAGCAAAAGCUCAAGUCGGGCGGUACCCUUAAGCGACACCAACCUAUAUAGCCGGGAUCUAAGCCAUCCCCUCCACCAUGUCCCAGGCACACAUAAGAAACAUACCAGCAUCUCCUACACGCAUGGACGCCGACCUCUCCAUGACAUCAACGCGCCGAGAUCCAAAUCGGACGCAGAAUGGAUGCUCCGCGCAGGCAUCGCCCUAGCCUCCUCAACCCGCGAAGAAAAGGGCCAAAGCUGGCUCUCCAAGCGAGAGACCUCAACCAGCCUCAUCCCCGAUAUACCCUUCGACGAGCCCAGCAAUCGCCACCACCACCGCACCAAAAGCGGCUCAUCGCGCAAGUCCCGCUCCGGUGCCUCAACACCAGGCAUCGCCCUCUCCCGCCGCGGUAGCAGACGCGGCAGUCGAGCCGGUCUAACCAUGACCGCUCUCCCGAUGUCAUAUGCCUCCUCCACGGCAGAGAAAGUAUCCAUAAGCCCCGGUCCCAGCACGGGAACUGCCACGGGCACGGCUAGUCCCGACGCACAGUCACUCACACUCCCCGACUUCGUUGACGAGCACAUCCGCGCAGAGAUGGCGGCGCUGCAGCAGCGCCGGUUCUCGCAAGAGGAUCUGUUCUGGGAGGGUUCAGACGAGGAGUUCUCCUCUGAGUACUUGUAUGAUUCCGACGAGACGCUGGAUGACUUCGACGAAGCGGAUCUGCAGGAGUUAACACGCGAGCGCGGAUUCGGGCUGGGGACUUGGAUUGAUCGGCUGGUGGAGUGGACUUUGUUCGGGGUAGAUGAGUGGCCUGCGGCUCAGGCUGCGGUGGCUGCUUCGCGGAUUGGAACGGCGUCUACUACCACCACUGUUACGUUUGAGGAACCUGUUUUGGCGUCUGGGCGGGCUGGUGAUACGCUUUCACUUGGGGAUGAGGAUGGGGAUGUGUCUGACGGGGAUUCUUCCCGUAGUGAUGGGGAGUCUAAUGGUGUUUCUGAUCCUAUUGAGAAACCUGGGGCUCGAGGUGGUUGGGAAGAUGCUGGGUGGUUGUUCCGCGUGGUGAAGCGGGCAUUGGUAUGA